AUGGGAUUUUUGAGUGGUGUGCUUGGUGCGGUGAAAGAUGAUCCAAGCGUUACAACUUACUAUACUAACAUGGAUAAAACACUUAAAACAAUUAAAGACAGUAUGCACAAAUCUGGUGGAUUGUCUAAGGCCGUUAAGGCUGUGAGCACGGCGCUGGGGGAGUGGGAUGGAGAGGUGACUGGUAGAACAGAAAAUAUAAAAAACUGUCUUAAUGUUCUAACAAACUAUAAUAUUCCUAGAAUUACUAAAGCACUCAAAUCACUUAGAGACCUCAAAGGCAGCACAAUUAGUCAGGUGGCCGAUGCAUUAGACACGUGUAUCACUGAAGCUAGAAACAUGUCGAAAGACUUCCUGUUCGCGAAAGCAUCUUGUAGCAAGUUAGAUACUAACCUGCAGAAUACACUACAACCUGCAAUCAGUGACGUGGAAGUGCAGGUUAGGGCCUUCGUAUCCGCUGCCACCAAUGAGGAAUUGAAGUCUAUGUUACAAUACGCUGAAUGGCAGUUAGAACAACUUCAAACUCAGGUUCACGGCGAAGUAAUGAGUAGAGUAUCAGAUUUGUCAACGAAUAUUAAUAUAAAAUUUGAGUCGCAAAUAAAGACGAAAAUUGAAGACAUUAACAGUCGGCUGAAGAAUCACCUAGGUGCCUUAAAUGCUUGGAGAGAGAACGCUACGGAUGCGGUUGCAAAAGCUUUGGAGAUAGUGAAAGAAAUCACAAAUGUUCUAAACUGUAAAGAAGCACAAACAGAAGAAGAAAAAAGAAGACAUACUCCCAAGAAAAAAGCAGCAGUAGAGGAGGCUGCCAAGAAGUUGAAUGACAAAGCCGAGAUACUCAUUAGGGCUAUAACUACGGCAAAAAAAUUGGCAGAUCAGCAAACUACGGCAGCGCUUGAGAGUGUGAUGUUUCUGAACGAAGCGGUCAGGGACGGUUUACAUCUAGUGAAACAGGAGAUUCAGAUGAGCAUAUGGAAUUAUGUUAGAGAGUACGUCGAUGUAGUUCGAAAUGAAGUUACGAAAAUUAAAGAUUAUGGGCCAGGUCUACUAAAAAUUGAAACCGAAGUGCAGAAGUGGGCUGCGGAUUUUAGCGGGGCAGAUAAGUUUGGGGAAAAAGUGGAGGAGUGGGUGAAGGGAAUAUUGGAGAAAGAUGAGUAUGUGAAGAAACUAUUUACAACGUAUGUUGACGUGAACUUUGAAGUAAAAAGAGCAGGAGUUGCAGAUGUUUUGAAGAGACAGCUCGUUGAUGGCUAUAUCGAUCUGGCUGGUCAAGCGGUGGAAGAACAAAUCCAACAGAUCGGUUCAACCCAUCCCGAUGCCAAAAUAACUGGCUAUCUGGACGCUGUAGAGAGCGGUAUAAAUAUAUUUGUUCAGCAGCUUGAAGGAAAGGUUAAGGAUGGAUCUAUUCACGACGUUGCGACGAAAAUAGCUAAGGCUAUUCAGAAUAAUGAAGAAAUUGUGAUCUACGGAAAACGCGCCGACCGGCCUGACAGACUCUUCAUUAAUGCCGUUAAAUACGCUCUCAAUCAGCUACUCGGCGUUGCUAGCCAACACUCCGCCAAUCUUAAGUGGCUUAUCGGUCAAGGGAAUAAAGAAGGAAACAUGAAAAACGUUGACGCGGCGCUCGGUGUGGCUAAUAAACUGCAUGAAAAUUUAGUAACAGCAACUGCAGGGUCUUCGACUGAUCAAGCAUUGCUCCCAGGUCUCGGCAAGAAAAAAGAACUCGCCGACUAUUAUUUUAAUAAGGAUAUUGAUGAAGCACUGGGACAACAACUGCCGCAAGGGUAUGAUCUCAAUGGGUUAACAACGACUAAAAUUGACAUCUCCAAGACGACUACGUUUAAAACGUAUACUGGUUGCAUUAAACAACCAGUCCCUUCGAGCGGACUCACCGGCAAAGGUGAUCAAGAGGGCUCCCUCCCCAAAGCUAUUGGAGAUAUUAGGGAGAAGGUGAAUGCGGAGUUGGACAACAUUAAAUAUCCUGCACAUCCAAGCAACGGCAAACCCAUAACCACCGAUACUAUUUCGAUGGCUUACGGUGAGUUCGACAGUAGUUUUCGUCGAUUUGUUAACGGUAUUACGAAGCUGGUUGGUGAUAACAACAGCCUAAGCGAAGACAAAACUCUGCUUGAUUAUUUAAAAAUGCUGGACAGAAUUCUCAAAGAUGACGAUAGUGUGUAUUUGGGAACAAUUGAGAACCUCACGAAAAUUUACAACGAUCUCAACCAUCUUCAGAACAGUGCAGUUAGCAGUCUGGAAACGGAAGCACGCAACUUUUAUAAUGAUGUCGUUCUGGUUCAGACCGAUUUUGCAAUAAAAUAUAUUAAUGCCACGGCUUCAACGCUACUAACCAAUCUCACCAGCGAAUUUCAGAAGAAAGUUAGAACGGACUACUACAAGAAGCUUAGUAACAUUCUGAAAGCUGUGUCCGAUGUUCUUACUAAAGAUAUCAUGAACAUCAAAAACAAAAUUGACGAGGAUAAAAGCAACGGCAUUAAAGGCUUAUUAAAGUGGAUGCAUAAUGGCAAUGAUAUGUAUACGUUGGAAUUCAUAAAAGAAAAUUCGAAUGCUUCACCAAACCUGUCUGACAAAUUCAGAGGUUAUUCAAACAUGGUUCUGCAGUACGUUGAACAUCAAGCAAAUACGCCCGGACAGACUGCUAAUUUGCCCACCGACCAGUCCGAGAGGGUCAAGGAUAUCAAGACCGUACUGGACAACUUGCUUGGCUACCUAACAAUCAAUGACACAAAAGUUCAUAAUUUCGACCACAUUUAUGUGUCUUAUUUGACUGCCCUUAAUGACUCUCUUAGUAAACUUUCUCCCUCCUUCUCCUCCCCCUCCCCCCUCCUCGCCCCCCUCAAGGCCGGCCUCUCCAACUUCACCGCGCAACUCGGCCUCGCGUACGUGAACAGGUACUCGGGGAAACAAUUCCAGGGUGAGUUGCUGAAGGAAGUUAAGUCUAAAGAUGCUGCUGAAAAGCCUACAACUCCCAAGAAACCUGUUUUUGAAUUAACCCCUGAGGGCCGCAACUGCGCCAAGGUCUGCCUGACGAUAGUGGAGAUGGUGAUGAGUUCAUUGACUGUAUUGAGUAUUAAUUGCAAGAGUUUGGGUGGCAUACAAAUUAACAAAUCCACCGAUUUGGGGAAAUUAUUCGAUGGUCUAGGCUUCAUUGUGUCCGACCAAGGCAAGCAGAAUGGAGAGCUGCAUGAUUGCGACAAGAUACUUGGGGAGCACAUCUCUAAGAGAUUUACAUUGCCCAUUAGCGGUGUCAAAAACAACGAACAUCUGAUUCUGUGUAAAUCAAACGUACGCAAUAAAAUUAAAGCUUUUCAUCUAUUUAACAUUCUUGAAUGCCUCUCCACUCACUUAACCGAAUAUAAUAAGGUGUGUCAUCUAACCGUUCCAACGCAUCCACAAUACCCCUGCAGCGUACGUGACAUGUUGUCGUGGCUUGCUGGUCUCCCCUUCACAUCGGUAUACGCGAAAAUUGAAUCGCAUUGCUCUAAGCUGCUGGGAGAGGAAGUCGAGGACGCUGCCAAAAGAUCCAAAGACCCCGACCCGGUAAUUAGCAAUAUCCUCAAGGGUGAGCUGUAUAAAACGCUGCGUGCUACUUGCCUUCAUUCCUACCGUGUCGUCAAUACAAUACAAGGCCACGGUCAUGGCGUCCCUAACGCAGACUACCCUUACGCGUGUGACGUGUCCAACAAUUCUCGUAAUUUCCAUUAUCCUGCUAACGUUUCAGGUGUCUUCGAUAUGUUGCGCGAUAUAUGUAAGCGUCUUUGGACUGCGCUCUACUUCCUACAUGCUCAGUGUCAAUAUACCACGUCUCAAGCCAAUGGCUGGUAUGACUGUGAGUACGGGCGUAACGUAUCCGGAUAUCAGUGGCUAUGCAAUACCGUGCAAUGCUCUUAUCAAGAAGGUAACCAAACACCUAACCAAAUGGGUAACCAAAGAUGUAACCAAAUUGGUAACCAACCGUGCGACCAAAGGCCUAAGUGCGGUGUAAAAUCUCCUUUGCAGUCGUUCCUGGAAGAUGGCCUGUCUGGUUUCUUGCCUCACGCUUUAACCUUCGAAGGAACAAAACUCAAAUGUGCGACAUGUCCAAUGGCGUCACCUGGUACGCCAUGUAUAACGCCCAUGGGCUUUGGUAACCUUGGUUAUGUAGCUUCGUUAAGUGGCACGGGAAAGGACAUUGCCGCAGUGUUGCACUUCGUGGCAAAUGACGCUGACGCUCUUCUUGCGUCGCUUUACAGAGGGUUGUCACUUCUCUGCCCGGUGCCUCCAAGCAGUUUAAGCGACAUGAUAUCCUUUUAUUGUCUAUUGUUCAGAAACUGGAAGUCAAAAACCUACAGCUAUAAUGAAAAAUAUGUACAAGCAAUCAAAAGCGUCAUUGAGUCAUGUUUCCCGUUUAAAAACUGCAGAUCUCUCCAUAAUAAUUACGAGGCUAAGUCCCUCACCACAUCAUAUUCAUACGUGAAUUGCAUCGUGGACAAUCAUCCAGGUUAUAAAGUUGAAAAUGAAAUAAUGCAUUACGACCUUUCGGGCAUAGUCAUGGGACAUGAAUGUCCCAGCGGUGUUUGCAUUCCCUACCUUAUGCCUCUCGGUCAUUACACCAAUCACACAUUCCCUGCCAAACAUGCCCGACUAUACGUCUCAUGGAUGAUCUAUCUGCCGUGGACUUUCAAAAAGAUGCUCGAUGAUCUGUUGAACGACUUCCAUAAUAUAUCAUGCAAAGCAUCUGGAUGCUUAUCCUGCACGUGUACUGUUGGUAAACAUGGUGAUAUGAUAGAAGACGCAGCUGUGUGUAAUUGCUCUUCAAUAGUUCAGUGUGGAGGCGUUCUCCGUAUGUUGUACAAAUAUGGAAUGACACUGUACAAUGCGAGUGAAUUAAACAAACGGAAGAAAACAUGUCAUGACUUUUACAGCAAGUUAAAGCAAUUACUCAAUUCCUCACAAUUCGACUACUUUUUCAAGACUAUUGACAAUUUCUUUUUUGCCAUCCGCGCCCCCUUCAUCUGGCUCAACGUCGCCCUCUGGCUCCUCUCUCUGUUGUACCUCCUCCACAUCAUGGUCAUCCGCCUCGAUCUGCUCCAUAUCAAAUCGCAUCUACAUAGUCCCUCGAGUCAUAGGAUUGCUGCGCAAUCACUACUUGCUGCUGCGCGUGUUGGCAGACUUGGCAAGAUAUCGUACCUGCAGCCAUAA